CGGAAUUCCAGCGCCGUCGCUAAGUAAUCGGAUUUACCGGAGGCGUGAGGCGGCGGAGUGAUGGCCGGUGUCAAGGAGCUAACACGCGAUCUAGAGAACAAAGCCAACGAUUUCAGAAAACUUGAGAAAGAUAUCCAGAAGAACCAGCAAGUGAAAAAGAAGUACACUAUACAGCUCGGCGAAAACGAGCUCGUGCUCAAGGAACUGGAUCUAUUGAAUGAGGACACGAAUGUGUACAAGUUGAUCGGACCGGUGCUAGUGAAGCAGGAUUUGGCUGAGGCUAAUGCCAAUGUUCGGAAGCGGAUUGAAUACAUCUCUGCUGAAUUGUAUGCACUUCUCGGUUUGCUGAUGUGAUAAGUAGAGCAAACGGCCCGAACUGCGUUGAGCCAGUCUCUUCCCAAGAUGAU